AUGUUCCCUUCCACUUCGUCCCUGUUAUCCCUCUACGCCUCCUUCUCCACCUCAGCGAUCCUCCUCCGCAACGCUUACCGCGAGAUUGUCCCCAGAUUCGUCGCCGACUACGUCUCCCACAAGCUCCGGCAACUUGUCUUCAAAGCCGCUCCGGUUCUGCCGGACACCGACUCCAUCAUAAUCGACAAAAUCUGGAAUAACAACUGCUACGACGGGAAUGAGCUCUUUGAUGCCGUUAAAUACUACCUCUCCACCAAGAUGGGUCCCGAGAACAAGCAGUUCCGCGUGGCAAAGCUGAAGAACAGCAACAGAUUCACCACCGCGCUGGUCGGCAGUGAAACGGUGGUCGACGUGUUCGAGGGUGACGUGUUCAGCUGGUACUUGCCUUCGAUGAACAACAGGAGACGGUCGGGCCUGGUUGGAGGACUAAUCCAAGGAGGUGAUGCAGAUGAUAUGUACUGUAGUCCGGAUGACUGCUACAGAUUAAGUUUUCGCACGGAAAACAGAGAAAAGGCGUUGAAUCACUAUCUCCGCCAUGUCGUCAAGGUGUUCGAGGAAAUGUCUCAACAGUUGCAGCUGUUUACAUGGUCCUCGUCUGGAUCACACUACGGGGGUUCGAGUUGGACAUCGAUGGACUCGAGGCAUCCGAUGACCUUCGACACAAUCGCGUUGGAGGGCAAGAUGAAGCAGGGCAUCGUUGAUGAUCUGGACAGAUUUGUGGCGAGGAGGGAGUUCUACAAAAGAGUUGGCAAAGCUUGGAAGAGGGGUUACUUGCUGUACGGGCCACCCGGGACCGGUAAAUCCAGUGUCGUUUCUGCCUUGUCCAAUCAUUUGAAGUUCAACCUCUAUGUGGUCGAGCUCGCCAAUUUCGGGUCUGAUUAUGAGCUGAGGCAUGCCUUGCUUUCGAUUGCGAAUAAAUCGAUUGUAGUUUUCGAGGACAUCGAUUGCUGCCCUGAGCUCCACGCUCGAUCCGAGUCGACGAAAGCGAAUGCCAAUGACACUAACACUCUUUUUCCACUCACUCUCUCGACGCUGCUGAAUUGCAUUGAUGGGUUAUGGACUUAUGGUCGAGCCACGGAGAAGAGAGGAUCAUUGUGUUCACUACGAACCACAAAGAUGUUCUGGACCCGGCGCUGA